CAAGCUGUUCAAUACGGGAAUGUUACGGCAGCGGAGGCAGAACAAAGCCGAAACGACGCCUCCGUUCUGAUGACGCGUUAUGUGUGCGACCCGCCAAGGGGGGAUUUAAAAACAACUCAAGAAAAAGAGACAAGUAAAUAAAGCAUCUAAUGAUAUUGUCCAAAAUGACGGGAAAUUGGGGUGACUUCGAGGUCCGGGAGCUCCUCGCCCUCCGAGCAUUGGACGAGAUCCACCGUCACAUUACCGGGACGGUGAAGGACGGUCCCGUAUUGGAGAAGCUUGCCAGAAUGCAUCGCGAACGGGGCUAUUCUCGAACCAAGGCGCAGGUGAUGAGCAAACUCAAGAAUUUGCGCAGAAAAUUCCACCAGGUCAACAACUAUAAUGGCAAGACGGGUAGAGGACGGUUGGACUGGACGUAUUUCGACUUGUGUCAGGCGAUCUGGGGGGAGUCCAGUCUCUGUGCCGAUCCCUCCGUUGAGAGCGGUCCACUUUCGGACACCGACGCCAGCAGUACACGGGGCGAAUCUGCAUCUAACGAUCAACCAGAAAAGCUGCCGAAAAGGCGGAAAUUAACCAAAGCCCCGGUGCUGAAGACAGAAACGGACUAUGAUGAGGAGAGGGGGGCAGAGGAUGAGGAGAGAGCACGUCUCCCCCUGAUUCCGGAACCCAGAUGGAGAGGGAGCGAGCGAGAGAGGGAGAGGGAGUGGGAAAGGGAGAGGGAGGUGGAAAGGGAGAUGGAAUGGGAAGUGGAAAGGGAGAUGGAAAAGGAGAAAGAGAGGGAGAGAGAAAGGGAGAGGGAGAUGGAAAGGGAGAGAGAGCGGGAGAGAGAGAGGGAAAGGGAGAGAGAGAGGGAAAGAGAGAGGGAACGGGAGAGGGAAAGGGAGAGAGAGAGAGAAAGGGAGAGAGAGAGGGAAAGAGAGAGGGAAAGGGAAAGAGAGAGGGAGAGGGAAAGGGAGAGAGAAAGGGAGAGGGAAAGGGAGAAAGAGAGAGAAAGGGAGAGAGAGCGAGAAAGGGAGAGAGAGAGGGAGAGAGAGAGAGAGAGACUAGAACAUGCAAAAAACAUGCUAUAACGCCAUACUAAUGUGAUUAAGCAAUUCAUUUCUUUGUCUAAUUGUCACAAUCAAUAAGAAUGUUUUUUAAUAUGUACACUUAUAUAUGAUAUAGUAUACCAUUUUUAUAUAUUGUAGUAAUGCCCAUUCGUACAUAUCUUAUUUCUUAACUUUCAGUUGUUAUAUUCCUACUCUGGAUUGGAAUGCAUUUCUUUGACCCUACGGGAUCAAUAUCAUGUUUCUGGCUCGGAUUAAAAGACCGGUCCUAAUCUGCCGUGAUGUCUUCAUGGCUAAGGGUGCUGGUGAUGGUGAUGGUGGGGACGUUUUCCUCCCCCACGCCAGUGCAGCUACACACAAUGACUGUUACUGCAGCAUGGAUUGGUUUUGUUUUUUAAACCUGCCGCUGUCGAGAAGGCGGAUAUCAGCUGAAGCCCCGCUGAACCCAGAGAGAGGGUUUGAGAAGCAGCUCAGAACCAAUCAUAGACAGCUUCGUUGUCUUCCUCUACAGGAAAAUCCUAACCAAUGAAUAUUUAGAAUAUACCUAACUGGAUAUCAUUUGGUUAUAAUAGCCCAGUCUGGCUUUUGGUUCAGUUAUAUUGUUCUGUAUUGCAAUAAAAUAUGAUUGCAUUUAAA